AUGCACAGCCCUUCCUCCCUCCACAAAUCCGCUUCCCACGGCUCCAUCACCGCGGAAGAGCGUGCGGAACGGUCUAACAAAAGUCGGAAAGUGCCUUCGCCUUGCUCCACCUUCAGCUCCGUAUCGAAAAGCUUCUUCUCGCGCAUCUUGCCAAAGGAAGCUCCAUCGACGCUCCGACUCAACUCGACAUCGUCUGCCUCUCCGCCAGCCUCUCGACCAGGCCUGCCAGCCAAAGGACAAGGCUUGAACCAGCCCAAGGCCAUCUUCUGGGGGUGGGCUGCCCUCGUUGUCGUGGCCGGAUUCGGUUACUUCACGGUCAAGUCGAACAACACGGCCAAGAAGCGCGACUUUAUGAUCAAGCAGGGCCAAGAGCUUCAGCAGAGAAGAGGAGCCGAACAGGGUGACGACGCUGCCGCCUCGUCCAUGCCAGUCCUCAUGUCGUCAAGCAACCAGGAAAAGUACGCACAGUCUCCGCUGCAGAGCCUCACUGCUGCUUUCAAUCGCCAGACAACGCAGCGUUCGCGCAACACCGACUCUUCAAGCCAAGAAUGA